AGGCAGGUGACGUCACACUUGCGUGCAAGGACACCCGGAGAAGAGAGCUCUCGGACUCCAAACAUUUUCUUCUGCUCUACAACAUUUUUGCUCUCGCAAUGUUGCCUUCAAGAAGAACUUUUGAGGCCGACAAGCAGCAACUGCAGCAGCUCAACGGCCGGCUGGCUCAGUAUCUCUCCAGGACACAGCAACUAGAGCGAGAGAAUGCUCACCUUCUGGCUGAGAUCAAGCAGCUCAGGCAGGCCCAGGUGGCGGAGAGGGAGCCGCGAUACAAGGCCGAAGUACGCGAGAUGAGGCGGGCGAUGGAGAGGGUGGCGCUGGAGAGGUCCCGUACCGAGAUGGAGCGCGAGAGGCUGUGCAGGGAGUUGGAAGAGGUGCGCUUGCUGUGCCACCAGCAAAGCGACGCGUGCCGAAACAUCGGCGGGGAGCUGAACGGCCGCGAGAAGGAACUGAGGGCGGCACAGCACAACAACGCCUUACUUGAGCAAAGGUUGAUUGAUCUCCAGCGGGAGUACACCUUCUUAGAGGAGACGCACCGGCAGCAGAUGGCACAGCUCAGACGACAGGCGGACUCCCAGAUGAAUUUUCAGGUGGUCACACAGAGUUACGGUGGGCCUCCUGCAGCUUCCAUUGAGGAGGUGCAAGAGUACGCCCGCGGGAUGUCCGAUGGCUGGGUGCAGACUAUUGAGAUGUACCAACAAAAGGUGGAGGAGAUGGAGCGGGCCAUCCAGGAAGACCAUGCCAUGCUGGGUGAGCUGCAAAGGGAAAAAAUGCUGCAAACCACAGAGUUAAACAGAUUACGCACAGAUGCAGAGAAACAAGGUCAGCUUCAAAUGCGCCUGGAAGAGCAACUGCUGCACCUGCAGGAGAAAUUCAGUCAAGAUGAGGGCGAGUAUCAGAUGAUUAUCAACCAACUAGAACAGGAAAGGAACGCCAUGGCUGAGUCAAUCACACAGAGGAUGCAGGACCAUCAGCAUCUGCUGAAGGUCAAGAUGGACCUAGGCAUGGAGGUGGCGGCCUACAGAGCGCUCUUGGAAGGUGAGAGAGUUGGGCUUCAAGACACCCACAGAAGAAUGAAUGAACUCCAGAGAGAGCGGAUCAUAGAUAUUAAGAUGCCCGGUCAAACCUACAUUCCGAGAACUUCCACCACAAGCAGACCGCGUAUGGACAUCAGGUUUACACCAUCAACAUCUAAUAUAAGAAGAACACCUGCAGCUUCCGCAGGGUCUAGAAGCUCCUCCAGGGUUGUUCCAAUUUCGCUUGCCAGCAGAGCUCAGCAUCAGAGUCCUGCCUCCAGAAGAGAUAUGAUCUCUUUCACCAAAGCCCAGGCUGCCACUUCUUCCUCUGUUCCUAAGGAAAAAGUAUUGGUUCAGAGUGAGCCACGAAGCCCCAAAUCUGCAAAGAAAACAAACAAGAUGGAACAUGUCACAAAAGUAGAAAACCAAAGCAGUGCAGUCAAAUACUCUUCUGAGACCAUGUCAGGUAGAGUGCUGUCACCACUAAAACCAGAGAUAGAAAGUACCGUGAAAGGGGCAGAUGAACCAGAUAAAACAACUCCACAUGAAGGUGAGUUCACAAAUGAAUGCAAAACCAAAUCCACUAUUGAGCAAACGGAGAAAAAGACUUUAGACAGUGUGUCUGUUGAAGAGAUCAUCGAGAAGGUGAUUAAACCGUCUGGUUUGGAAGCCCAGGUUUGCUCCACUGGAGAGUCAAAAAUAACGUAUCAUGUGGAGAAAACUGAACAGGGGGAUGGUUCGAUGAAGACUCAGAUUGUGUUGCAGUCCAAGGUGGAGGAAGAAGUGGACAUAUCAGAGGACUCUGCCCUGGAUCAGCUGCUGAACCAAGGGGUGAAGAAGGUAUCUCUGGAGGACAUUGAGGACACAGCGACGGGAAGUAUGAUCAAGGACCUGCUGAGUGGCUUGCAAGGAGAAGCAAAUCUGCAAAACAAGUCUGUCAAUGUGGAGAUCAUUGAACAGCCGGUGGAGUAUGAUGAAGAAGGUGAUGAGAAGUACAGACCUGAUUUUUAUGAGCCCUCCACAUAUUUCCAAAUUGAUGAGAUGAAAGAAGACCAAGAUUCACAGGUUGAGAAGAGCAGUGAUGCUGCCUUUAAAAGAUCCAGCGGUGGGUCUGUUCAGGUUCAGCAGGAGAGUGAGUCUUUAUAUUUUACCCACGAUCAAGAGCCCUCUGAGUAUUUUGUUUCCACACCAGACGAUAAUCUCUCUGAACACGAGGAGGGCUGCGGCAUAACCUCAUAUGGUCAUUAUGGCAUGGUAGAUGACUUGUCUGAUGAGAGAUAUUAUCAAGAUGAUAGGUUUCCACAAACCAGAACCAUUGUUGAGGAAAAUGACGAGUACAGGUUUAUGUCAGACAGGCCCUUUCUCAAAGAGAGCAUUCCUGAGUGCAUCAUUGAAGAAGAGAUCCGUGUUUCGCCUAUAGUGCAGGAGUCAAUGCUUGAGUUCUUGCGAGAGGACUCAUUGGAGCCCAAGGAUCAGCUGAGAGGAGCUUUGGAGAAGUUACAAGGCUCCGUGUCAGGCCCACUGAGGGAGGAGUUGGCUUUCCUCACUAAAGUUAGCAGUGAAAAUCCACAGAACGUGGCCAUUGACAUCAAGAAAGUGAAGCAGUCUGGUGAUAGUGGAACCACAACCAUUGUUGCUGAGCUGAACGUCUCUCAAACACUGGAGGACUCAGGACUACUGGACAAUGAUGACUUAUCAGAGGAGCAGAUCAUGGCCGCCCUAAGGUCUUCCAAAUUUGGGAGCACCUUGCAGGCUGAAGCUGGAGAAGGAUACAGCUUCAAAAUCUCCAAAGAACAACACGUGAUGCUCGGGGAUGACUUUGCAAGGGAAGGCGAGCCAUCUUUAUCCCAUGCCAUUCAGAUGGCGGGACACAGCAGCCAUACUGGUGGUAGCUCAGAUCAAGAGUGAAUGAACAAUUUUUAUGGGGUAUUUACAAAUCUGACACAUGAUCAGGAAUAUUGGUUUUACCAAUUGAUGCAUCGAUUCCAAAUGCAAGGAUAAAUUCACGACAAAGAGUAUUUGUAGCAGACCCUACAGCUCUUGGUUUGUCGUAUCCCUGCAGGGAUUUGACAUGCAGUAUGUUCCUAACUGCCAUAUGGAUUUAUUUGAUCACUGUUGACAGUCUAAGGAUUAUCUCCUUCAUAGACUGUCAGAGAUUAUCUCUCAAAAUCCCAAUUAAGAACUUGGUAUUUCAAACAUGACCCGACUUGUAACUGAGAUCAAAACAUCAGAUUGACGGAUGUAUGGGCUGCUGUCCUUAGUGCAUCAUUUUCAUCCACAACUGAUUUGGAAAUUGACUGCAUUUUGAAUGGCAUUUGAUUUAUUAUUUACUAACGUAUUCACUGUUCUGUCCUGUCCCAAUGGUCUGAAUUCAACCCUUGUAAUUUUAGAUAUUUCUAGUUAUCUUCCAUUCUAUAAUUUUGAUAUACUGUAGCUGAAUUUAAUCAAUAGAUACAAAUUAAUGCAAUGCUUCCCUCACUGCUGAUCAGCGAUUGAUUUAUUGGGACCUUCAGCCACCGACUUUCAAAACAAAUUUACGGACCGAAUCGGGAAACCUGACUCGCUAUCUGCUUGCAUACAAAUACAGGAGCUGAAUCCCUGGAGUGCCUGCCCAAGUAAAUCUUUUGUUAGCUGCCUAUUUUCAAAAUGAGUUUGUGAACAAACAUUUGUUUAUUUGUAAGUGGGUGUCUGUCCAGAUGAGCACUUUCAUUGACUAGUAUAAUUCGACAGUUUGGCGACAAGGUUUUGCCACCACCAGUGGAAAUACAAGCUAUGUUUGUACAGCGUUUACUUUUAGACUGUUGGUUUAACAAGUUGAUUCUUUUCUAGGUCUACGAAAGCCAUUUUCUUGUUGGCACACCAAAGGAAUAAAGGGGGGAUGAGCAAUGGCGGUAUAAUUUCAGCGAGGCCAGUAAGAAAGGGUGUAGUGUCUAGUGAUUCUUUACUGAGGUAUUUUAAUGAAAGCAUGACAAACAUUUUAGCAAAACUCCAGAAAGUAUUUUAAUUGAGGAAGAAAUAUUGCAUUAUAAGUAUUCUUAACAACUAAAUGCAUGUGUUGCAUAUCACUAACUUGUAGUUGUUACCACAUAGCGACAAUGAAUUUACUUACACAAAUAUUUUCACAAAAUGAUACUAUUUUAUUUUUCAAGUAACGGUAAAAAAACAUAAUACAACUGAUAUGCAUCUGUAGGAUUUUUUGGACACUUUCCUAACGUGUUUCUGUGCAGGUUUAAACGUUGAGUUUGCCAUUUACUGCACAACUUUGUUUGCCAUCUUGUACGAGUUGUGAGGCAGUAGGAAGUCUGGCAGUAUUUCCACACUGGUGGCUUGUACUGUAUUUAGACGGAUGGGACUUUUUUUCUUUGAUUUAUCUUUGCUAAGAAAUGUGACUCAUAUAUAAUGAAAAAGAAAGCCACUCUAGCAAUGUCACAAAAAGGAAAUGGUAGCAGUGUCUGGACACUGUUCACUUGACACUGUGCUAUCUGUGUUGCUGGAAGGAUGCUUACAUAAGACAGUGUGUUCAUUACAGCUGACUAUUUUUGUAUCGGCUUAGCAGCACUGACCGUUCACAAGGCUUUUUAUGUUGUUUACACCUUGAACUGUCAGGAGAUGUGUAAGAAAUUUAAUGUUUGCGCCAUGUUUUUAUGUUGACAGAUGCACAACAUUUGAACACGUGCUUUGAAAUUGUUUGAUACUAUACAUUUGACUAUGUGAAAGAAAAAAUUAUGUUACAGAGAUUCUGAAACUGUGUGAUUACACAGCAUCUCAACUUUAACAAAAUCAACAUUUAAAGGCUGUGUGAUAAUUUCGUAUUAAAAAAUUCAGCAUGUCUCAUAGUGAUGUAAAAAGAAAAAUCUGGCUUUACUAAUCCACAUUUAAUAAAAACUACGGUUGUAUGUUUUUAAAGUGUU